AACACACUGAGCGACUCGGUUCGGUUCGGUCCGUGAGCCAAAACAGCCGGCACCAUCGACGGUGGACAACAGUUCGUCGGUAACCAUCAUCAUGCCACUACCAACGUGAGCAGCAGCAGUGUCCCCACACACAAUAGUUAUUGUCCCGGUGCGGUCCGAGGUGCGACACGAACGGCACUGCCCCUCCGUUUAUUUGUUGUGUUGUCGAGAAGCGUGACCCUCCCGCGAUCCGCCUGCGCGCUUACUACUGAGGACGGAACGGAAUCCAAACGUUUCCGGGGGGCAUGCGAUAGGAUGCAGUGUAUAUCCUCCGUGAGUUUCAAGUGCUUUCCGGUGAUCUCGUGCGAGUUUUGAGUGUCGUGGUGGCGAACAAGAAGACGAAUGCUCGAUCGACUGGAAUGAUGGAGGCCACAUCCUAACUUCUGCUGUUCUUAAGUCCCUUAAAGUGAAAGGAAGGUUACCGAGAGGGGUUUUGUGACGGCCGCAGGCGACUACCGACUACUGCAGUGCGUGUGUGUGCGGUAGUGUAUGUGUGCUAUUUGAAUAAGAUAGAGAGAGAGAGGUGAUAGAGUGGCCACAGCCAUUAAGUGCGCGGUUGAAUCACAACGAGUAGAACGCCCUGACAGUGACUCGUGAUGAUGAUGUUUCGGCGAACCACAACUGUCCCAGCCCUGGCCAUGCUGCUUGGCACCGUCUUGUGGCUGGCGGGACCUAGUGGUAUCGCUGCGCACGACGCGGUGUCCGCCGAGACGCUAGCAGCCUCCGAGACUCGUCCGAUCGGUGGUCCAGAUCGGUCCGAGCAGCCGCAGGCAACGCAGACGAUGACGGCGACCACGACGACGCCACCGGCAGUCGACAGCGAAAACAAGUUUCUGAAAUAUCUGUUCAACAAGUACGGCAGCAAGGGUGUGAUCUCCUUCGAGGGUCUCGAGCAUCUGAUGCACAGCCUCGGUCUCGGUGGGCUGGACUUUCCCGGUUCGCACACCUUGAAGGAGCAUCGCCCGGAAGGGUACGACUUUGGUGAUUACGACGUUUACAAUGGCGAACAAUCACCGUCACCGCACGAUCAUCAUCACCAUCAUCAUCCGCAUCAUGAGAACGAGGAAGAGAUAGGCGAUGGUGUGACAGUGGAGCCACCGGUGAUAACGUUCGCCAGCACAAUCCCUCAAGAAGCUUCAGAUCGGCGUGCCCAGCAGGAGCCCCACCACCAUCACCACGAGCAUGCGGAUGAUCAUGAGGGCUCCCGGGGUGGCACUACUAGUACGGUCACACCGACUCACUCCGUACCACAGACACCAGCCCCGGCUGGUGGGGCUGGUGAGCGUGGGAUGACGCCCGGACUGAACGCGGUCGACGAUGGCGAUCACGUGUGGCAGGAGAUGAUCUUCAAAGACAUACACGAUCCACGGCAUCGGCAUCCACGGAACAAAAAUGUCCCAUACUGCUUAUCGCCGAUGUCCAUCGUGCACUUGGUGAUGGAAGAUCCGGUACUUGCCAAGCAGGCCAACCUGCGCCAUCGCCGCUCUCUUGCCCACCACCAGCUGCACGAGCUACGGCAAGAUGAAACCGACGAUGAUGGAGCGAUCGUGGGCGAUUCGAGGAUCGAAAUCACACCGUCCGAGUUUAAGGAUCUCUGUCCAGCAUUCCUGGUGCAGCUCGAUCAGCGAGCCUGUACGCAAAAGCUGCAAAGGGAAGCCAAUCCACGGCGAGAGAAGAAACCAUUCUCACAAGCAUGGAUCUACGCCUCGGCCAGUGUACUGAUUAUUUCUCUGUGCGGUCUGGUGGGAGUAGCGAUGGUACCAUUGGCCAAGUCGAUCGCUUACGACGAUAUACUGCGGUUCCUGAUCGGUCUUGGUGUUGGUACACUGUGCGGUGACGCGUUAAUGCAUCUGCUACCCCAUGCAUUGCUCCCUCAUGCUGAUGAGGAGCACAAUCAUGAGUCGCAUGCUGAGACCGACGACCACGAUCACUCCGCAGAAUCACGAGCCAUUUGGCUUUGCCUGUGUUGCUUCGGUGCUGCGUUCUUUAUGUACAGCUUGGAGAUGAUCCUGCCACUGUUUCGCAACGGUAGCCCGCACGGUCAUUCGCACGGGCCCAGUUCGCAGAGUAAUCGCGUGGAUCCGCAACAACCCGUACCGGCAGCCCAGAGUCAUAAUUAUCAUCAGUCGGAUGAUAUCGAGCUGGACCAUGGGGAGGUGUCGAAAGAGCGCGAAGCCAAUACGAUGCUGGCCAAGAAGGGUGGUGCGAAGCCGAUGGCAGCCGUUGCCUUCAUGGUGAUCCUGGGUGAUGGGCUGCACAACAUAACGGACGGGUUGGCGAUCGGGGCAGCGUUUGCGAUCGAUCCCGUCAUGGGGCUGGCGACCUCGUUCGCCAUCCUCUGCCACGAGCUGCCGCACGAGCUGGGUGACUUUGCACUUCUCCUGCAAACCGGCGUCAGUAUUAGGAGGGCCAUAUUCCUCAACAUAGUAUCAUCGGUGCUUAGCUUUAUUGGAAUGGCGCUAGGGUUACUGUUAACCGGUUUACAUGAGUCGGUCGUCAGCUGGAUAUACGCAGCUACGGCAGGUACAUUCCUAUAUAUCGCCCUGUCCGACCUGGUGCCCGAGAUGCGGAACGAUCUGAGCAGAUGUGACCAGAAGCUGAAAGUCAUUCUCACGCAGCUGAGCGGAUUGGCGCUUGGUGCGGUCAUAAUGCUGCUGAUAGCGCUGAACGAAGAAAGCCUCCAGCGACUGUUCGAGUAGUGCUGUGAAGCAUGUAUAUAGCUGUGUAAAUAAAGUAUUCUUUAGUUUUUAAAUCAUACGUCCGAUACAUCUG